GCCGUUACUGCURGACCCGUGCUCAGCUCUUGCGUGUUUAUCCGUUAAGAUUGAGAGGACGGAGAGACACUCUCAGUCGCUUUCUCGGGUUCCAUUCCGCUCACAGGUCCACCACUUGAGGGGAACGAUGGCCACAGAGUCCACAGCCACUGCUGCCAUCGCCGCGGAACUGGUUUCCGCCGACAAAAUUGAAGAUGCUCCAGCUCCUUCUACCUCUGCAGAUAAAGUAAAAAGCCUGGAUGUGGAUAGUGAAGCUAAAAGACUAUUGGGAUUAGGACAGAAACAUCUAGUGAUGGGGGAUAUUCCAGCAGCUGUCAAUGCAUUCCAGGAAGCAGCUAGUCUUUUAGGUAAGAAGUAUGGAGAAACUGCUAAUGAAUGUGGAGAAGCCUUCUUUUUCUAUGGAAAAUCACUAUUGGAAUUAGCAAGAAUGGAGAAUGGUGUGUUGGGAAAUGCCUUGGAAGGUGUGCAUGUGGAAGAAGAAGAAGGAGAAAAAACAGAAGAUGAGUCUCUGGUAGAAAAUAACGAUAACAUAGAUGAGGAAGCAAGGGAAGAGUUGAGAGAACAGGUUUAUGACGCCAUGGGAGAAAAAGAAGCCAAAAAAACAGAAUGCAAGUCUUUGGCAAAGCCUGAAACUGGUAAAGAACAGGAGAAUGAAAUGGAGAAGGGUGGAAGAGAAGAUAUGGAUAUAAGUGAGCCUGCAGAGAAGUUACAAGAAAAAGUUGAAUCGACUUCAAAUCAGUUAACUGAAACUUCUGAAGAGGCAAAAGGAGCAUCAGCACCAGAAGGACUGAAUGAACCUGAGGUCACUUCUGAGAAGCCAGAACAGGAAGCAUCAGAUGCUGAGGAAGGAAAAUCAGUUUCUGGAACUGAAGUUGAGAAAGAAGAGUGCAGAGAAAAAGGAGGUCAGGAGAAGCAGGGAGAAGUAAUUGUGAGUAUAGAGGAGAAGCCAGAGGAAGCUUCAGAAGAGCAGCCUAUAGUGACUCUAGAAAAGCAGGGCACUGCAGUGGAGGUAGAAGCAGAAUCUGUAGAGCCAACAGUCAAGCCAGUGGAUGUGGGUGGGAAUGAAGUAAAGGAACCAGUAGCUACCUCUGAAAAUGACCCAGGAAAUGCUGUCCUUGAGCAGCUGGUAGAGCAAGAAGUACAUUCUKCUGAAGAGUCAGAGGUGGUGACAACAGAAGCUGAAGAGGUCUCAGCUGCAGAGGCUGGAUCAGWGGUCUCUGAGAAGCCAGGGCAGGAAGGCACAGUUUUCUCUAAAGAUGUUGCAUUCAAUGGACUGUCAGCUGCAGGAGAUCAGACUCCUAUUGAACCAAAGACUUCUGCAGAAAGAUUGAUAGAAACAAAAGAUGGCUCAGAGGUAGAGGAGAAGGUCAGGGCAGAGCUAAUUCCUAGCCAGGAGGAGACUAAGCUGCCUGUAGAAGAGUCUGAGGCAGCUGGAGAUGGGGUUGAGACCAAGGUAGCCCAGAGGGCCACAGAGAAAACACCUGAAGACAAAGUUAAGAUAGCUGCUAAUGAAGAGACAGAAGAGAGAGAAGAACAGAUGAAAGAGGGUGAAGAAACUGAAGGCUCAGAAGAGGAAGAUAAAGAAAAUGACAAGGCAGAAGAAACACCAAAUGAAUCAAUUCUUGAAAAUAAGUCUCUUCAAGAAAAUGAAGAAGAGGAGAUUGGGAACCUAGAGCUUGCUUGGGAUAUGCUGGACUUAGCAAAGAUCAUUUUUAAAAGGCAAGAAACAAAAGAAGCCCAGCUUUAUGCUGCACAGGCACAUCUUAAACUUGGAGAAGUUAGUGUUGAAUCUGAGAACUAUAUCCAAGCUGUGGAGGAGUUCCAGGCUUGCCUAAACCUGCAAGAGCAGUAUCUAGAAGCCCAUGAUCGUCUUCUUGCAGAAACUCACUACCAGCUUGGUUUGGCCUAUGGAUAUAACUCUCAGUAUGACGAGGCAGUGGCACAGUUCAACAAAUCUAUUGAAGUCAUUGAGAAGAGAAUGGCUGUACUAAAUGAACAGAUGAAGGAGGCUGAAGGAUCAUCUACUGAAUAUGAGAAAGAAAUUGAGGAGUUGAAGGAAUUACUACCUGAAAUUAGAGAGAAGAUAGAAGAUGCGAAAGAGUCCCAGCAUAGUGGGAAUGUAGCUGAAUUGGCUCUGAAAGCUACUCUGGUGGAGAGUUCUACUUCAGGUUUCACUUGUAGUGGAGGAGGUUCUUCAGUUUCCAUGAUUGCCAGUAGAAAACCAACAGAUGGUGCUUCCUCAUCAAAUUGUGUAACUGAUAUUUCCCACCUUGUCAGAAAGAAGAGGAAACCAGAAGAAGAGAGCCCCCGGAAAGAUGAUGCAAAGAAAGCCAAACAGGAGCCAGAGGUGAAUGGAGGCAGCGGGGAUGCUGUCCCUGGUGGAAAUGAAGUUUCCGAAAACAUGGAGGAGGAGGAAGAGGCUGAGAAUCGGGCAGAAAGCCGGGCCGCAGUGGAGGGGACAGUGGAGGCUGGAGCUACAGUUGAAAGCACUGCAUGUUGAGAGGGAACAGAACCUUCCUCCCAAGAGAGUGUUUUUGUAUAUAAUGUAUUUUUUCACUUUUGGGGAUUCUUUUUGUAUAACUUCAAUAAAGAUUGUAAGCAAAGGUU